AUGGUAAAAGGCGGCCUGGAUGAUGAAAGCAUUGUCGUCAUUUGCCCAGGAAUUUUUGGCCGACCGAUGGAAGUGCUCUACGGAGGAACGGUGACAACCGAAUCGAUUGUACUCCAAUUUUAUGUCCGAGAAGGUAUCAGCUCUCCUGUUCCGGCAAUUGGAUUCGCCUCAGAUAUUGCAUCAAACUCGAUGUCCGCUUCAUGCUUUGAUUUCUUGGGAGUAUCGGUGACGAAAUGUGACCAGAAUCAUCCUGAAUGCCAGCCAAAGUCAAUGGCUGCAUUACCUCGAAGGGUAAUCGAUCUAGGAUCCAAUGGGUGGAAAGGGAGACCAAAGUUAUACGUUUCAAUGGAGGAGAAAUCACCAUAUACUGCGUUAAGUCAUUGUUGGGGUACGACGCAGACAUUCAAAACCGAAUUAGCGACGUUUGAGGAAAGGACUUCCGGCAUUGAUUUCAACACAUUGCCUCAGACUUUCCGAGAUGCCAUUAUCAUUACUAGAAAUCUGGGAAUUCGUUAUAUCUGGAUCGAUUCCUUGUGCAUUAUCCAAGAUGAUAGAAAUGAUUGGGAGAUGGAAUCUGGAGUGAUGAGUAAAAUUUAUGCCAACUCUUACCUGACUAUUGCCGCCUCAUCGGCAUCAAGCGACGAAUGUGGAUUUCUUGGCCCGAGGAGCGCCCAUAUAGCUAGGUCAUUGGAGUAUAAAUAUGGCAUUCCGGAAACCAAAAUACGGGUUCGAGAGCAAAUUUUACACGAAGACUCUGAACUUUCCACAGUUGACCCUCUUUUCACUCGAGCUUGGGCGUUUCAGGAACUGUUAGUUUCAAGGCGAGUUGUAUGCUACAGCUCGGCGGAAAUUCAAUGGCACUGCCAGCGUUCAAGUUGGUGCGAGUGUGACCAAUUCGAGGAAUCGAGUCUCAGUCUCGACGUCAGCACGUUGCGCCAACGACGAAGGGCUGUGCACUCUCAGGCUCGAACGACCGUGUACGGGCGGCCAGAAGAUGCUAACUUUUACCACCGAUGGUACAGCAUCGUCGAAGCAUAUCCCUCAUUAAAGUUGACGGUACCUACAGAUCGUCUGCCAGCACUUUCUGCCCUUGCCCAGCUAUUUAGUAUUAAACUAAAUGACACUUAUAUGGCAGGGCUUUGGAAAGGAGAUAUUCGUCGUGGACUAAGAUGGCAAACGUCGUGGGAUCAGCCAGCAAUAGGAAAAUUGCCACAGAAAUACCUCGCACCCUCUUGGAGCUGGGUCUCUAUCGAUGGGAAAGUCUUCUAUGAACGCAGCUUUGGGCAGCUAGGAUACGACCCUGCAGAUGUUGAGCCAAAUUGGGCCUCGACGAUCGGAGAGCCUAUACAUGAUGACUUUGUUGACGUUUGGUGCAAUACAUCCAGUACUAAUUAUUUUGGAGAAAUCAACGGUGGUUUUCUGAAGAUCUCGGGCCUGCACGCCACGGCUUUUCUCGAAGUCCCUGAUGUUAAAGAUGGGGCAGACGAAGCCCUUAUUCCAUACACAAUGUGGCCCGAAUCCGAUCCGAAACCUCCAGAUAUCAACCACUGGCCACCUAUUCCGUAUAGAGGAUUCAAGCCUGACGUGCCGUUGGUGAGAUCUUGGUAUACAGACGAGAAAGGCCAAAGAAUGGGAACGGUAAAGAGAUCUACUUUGCGCCCUGGCCAGGCUCGAGAUGCAAUAGUAGCCCGAGUUUGGACUAUUAAUAUUUGCGAGGACUGUUUUUUGGUGUUAGUUCCUUCGAAUAGAAUACCUAAAUCGUAUGAACGGGUUGGAUUUAUGAGGGGUGGAGAGGCAUGGAAGAAGAAAGGUAUUAUUAAAGAUAUUAUAAUUGUUUGA